AUGCCAACAGGCGACGUGGUGACGUCCAAGCAAGCGCAAAGGUGGAAGUGCCAGCGAAGUCAGGGCGCCGCCAAACUUCGCCGCAGCCACGCCCUCCCCAGGCGGGUCCGGGUCCUGACGUUGCCGCUUCCGGGUCGCCGAGGCCGCCCGCGGCGGCGCAGGCAGCAACACUCGCCGCUGUCCGGUCUAUGGAGUCAGCUGGUGCCGGGGGCGGCGCGGAGGCAGGAGGCGGCGUUCGAGUGGGGGCCUCUGCCCCGCCAGGAUGUUGCCGGGCUUGGCCGCCGCCGCCGCGACCCACAGAAGCAGCUGGUCCCCGCUGUGCCGGCUCCGUCUGCGCUGCAGGGCGGCGGCCCGCGGCGCCAGGGACCGCCGGGAAUGGCAGAAUUUAGUGACAUUUGGAAGCUUUUCAAACAUGGUUUCACACAGUCCUCCAUACGUUUGUAUACUGAGUCAAGUAAAGUUGUAUUCCACAAACGUUCAGAAAGGACAAGGAUCACAGUCUCUCGGAGUAGAGAAAGUACCAUCAUUUGAUGAAACAG